AUGAAUAUUGAUCGACCAGAAGCCCUCGAAAGAGACGAACUCAUCUAUCUUGCUCGCCUCGCCGAGCAAUCUGAGCGCUAUGAAGAGAUGGUUGGCUAUGUCAAAGCCUUCGUAAAAAAGACAGGCCAAGACUUGUCAGUGGAAGAGAGAAACAUCCUUUCAGUGGCCUAUAAGAACGUGGUCGGAGCUCGCAGAACCUCAUGGAGAGUCCUGAACUCGAUUGAGCAAAAAGAAGAGCGCAGAGGAAACGCAGCCCACAAGCAGGCAGCUGACCAAUAUAGAGGUGAGGUUGAGACUGAAUUGAGAAGACAUUGCGAUGACAUCUUGAACGUCAUUGAUACUGACCUUAUUCCAAGGGCUGCCAAUUCAGAAGCAAGGGUCUUCUAUGCUAUCAUUUUUAUAGUAAAUGGUAGUAGUUAGAUUGUAGGUAUAGCUAAGACUUAUUUAUAAUAAAUUGAAUAAAAUGAAAGGAGACUACUAUCGCUACAUGUCAGAAUUCGCUCAGGGGGCUGCCAAAAACGCCUCAGGAAGUAAAGCUGAGGAAUCUUACUUGCAAGCUUUUGAAAUCGCCAAAAAUGAGCUUCCUCCAACUCAUCCUACAAGAUUAGGCUUAGCUCUUAACUUCUCAGUAUUUUAUUAUGAAAUAAAGCAAGAGAAAGAGAAAGCUUGCGAUAUGGCAAAAUCAGCAUUUGAUGAAGCAGUUCCAGAAUUGGACAACAUUUCUGAGGAAAGCUAUAAAGACUCAACUUUAAUUUUGCAGUUACUUACUCCUUCGUGAGCGAAAAAUAUUUUGAUUUAUAUGGAUAAUUAGUAUUAGGAACUCUCUAGCUAAUUUUGUUUAAUUUUGAACAAAUUGCAUUUUAAAACUUAAUUUUAAAAUUAAAUAAAUAUAUGCUUUACAACUUUUGUGAAUUGGGAUUUUUUUUAAAUUUCGAGAAAAAAAAAAUUAUAAGAUUUAUAUAUAAAUUUUGUAAAAAAAAUUACCUCCUCCGUGAGCGAAUAAAAUCUUUUGCUCUCUCACGGAGGAGGGAGUUAGGGAUAACAUCACCUUAUGGACAAGUGGGGAAGGAGAGAGAGACUAA